GUGAGGGAGGGAGAGAGAGAGAGAGAGAGAGAGAGAAAAAGAGGAGAGAGAGAGAGAGGGAGGACUAACAAGCUCCAGAUAAAGAGAUUGAAGCAAAGAUUUAGAUAAGCGAAAAGCUACCAUUUUUUCUUCUUCUUCUUCUUCUGCAGAUAGAGUUCAUAGUGGAGGAAUCUUUUUUCUUCUUCUCCCCUUUCUUUCAUUUCUCUACCGGUUUCCAGCCGGAGAGGGCGAUUUCUCCUUUUUUCCGGCGAUUUUAGUUAGGUUUUUCUUUUACAAAGAGAUGAGAUUAGUCUUCGGGUAUAGCUGAUUCAGGAUCGUAUCGGAUAUGGAUAGAAACAGAGAAGCCAGAAGGACCACCACCAUGGCCGCUUCCAACGGCCUCUCUAGACGUAGAUACAGGACUAGCAGUCUUCGUGACUCUCCAGAGGAUGACGGGCCGCUGGAGUUACAGGAUACGGUGAGGUUGAGAGAUCGAGGUAGCGGGAAGAAAGAUCGAGAUCGAGAUAGGGACAGAGACAGAGAUCGGGACCGCGAUAGAGAUAGAGAUCGGCUGAGCAGGAGCAAGAGGAGGAGAGCUGAUAGAUUGAUUCAUGGUGGUGGUAGCAAUAGAGAAGAUGGAGGAGAAGAUAGUUCCGAGGAGAGUGUAAAUGACGAGGAUGACGACGAAGACGACGAUGGCGGUGGUGGAGCCUCCGUCAGAAUGCUUCCUCCGAAUCCGGCCUCGAUUUUGAACCAUCGGAAGAGUUUUCCGCCGGCCAAGAGUUUUAGACCAGCUCCGUCGUGGAAGGCCGCCGAUGAAAUGAUUGGAGUGUCGGUGCCGAGAAAAGCCCGGUCAGCCUCUACGAAGAGGUCUCACGAAUGCUGGCCGGCAGCAGCGGGCGGCGGAAUGGUGACGGAGCCGGCCAUUCACCGGCAGGCUUCGACAUCUCCAGUGCGGCCUAAUCUUACGGCAAUGGCGACGCUUCAGCCUCCAGCCUCGCCGUCUUCUUCCAAUGCUCCGGUGAGGAAGAAGCUGAAGCAAACCGGACCCAAACUCCGGCCGCCCAAAUCCUCGUCGUCAAAACCAUCUUCCACGGCGCAGGAUGAGAUCGAGAUCGAGAUUGCCGAAGUCUUGUACGGAAUGAUGAGACAGCCUCAGGGUCCUCCGAAACAAGAAACUUCCACCACUGAUUCCAUGAAGUUCGAUCCUAAAUCCACAACUGAUGGGAAAUCCAGAGUUUCGUCGCCGAUUUCAAACUCUUCCUCUGCUUUACCUGCCCCUUCCAUUUUGCCUCACAAUUCUGGCUCUUCUAUCGCUCCGAUCUCUGCCACCGCACCCAAAAGGAAAAGACCGCGUCAUAUAAAGUACGACGACGAGAACACGGCGACUUUCAGCCUCCGGAAUAGCCCCAUUUCGUCCACGGCAAAAGCGGAGACGGAUCAGCCUGCCAACGCCGAGAUCCCUUCACCAAGUGUAGAAAAAGUACCAGGAUCUGCAGCUGAAAAUGGAGGAGUUUCGAACGAGUCUGGUAAUUUUCAGGCCGUACCCGCACCAUCGGAGUCCCAUCCAGAACCCAUGAAGGUAGAAACAACGACUGCUGUGUCCAAUUCAAAGCCAUUGACUGAAGAAUCGGACUGCAAAGAUUUGGGUACAAGUAAGGAAGAAGCUCAAUCUCCGCCCCAUAAGGAAUCAAAUGGCUCUAGAUUGGAAGAUAAGCGAGAGGAUAUGACAGCUACCAAAUCAAAUUCAUCCAGCUUUGAUGUUGAGAACCAGCGGGAUGAAAAGUACAAGAUAGAUCUGAUGGCUCCUCCCCCAUUACGUGCUUCUCCAGAAAGGGAUGGUGAGAUUGAUUUUGUGGCCGUAGACGCUAAACCUAUGGUCAUAGAUGCGGACACGGAAAUGAAGCCUUUGAUAAAGGAAGAAGAUAAAGGAGCAACAAGACUUGGGGGGAACAAAGAGGUGGUGAACGUGGAGUCCAAAGCAAUUCCUGAGGAAAAUGAUUCAAAGAAACCCAUUGUUGGCAAAGAUAGGAAUAUUGAUCUUCAGCUUGAUUUAGAGAAGACCACCGACAGAGAUGGCGCCAACAAGCUCCACCAGCAUGUUCCGAAACAGCCACCGCAACCUGGCUGCGAAAAGGCUGGAUCUGCACAAGCGAGCUCUCUUCCUUUGCCUAUUUCUCUACCUGGCUGGCCGAGCGGACUGCCUCCUAUGGGAUAUGUGGCGCCUCUGCCGGGAGUUGUAUCGGUUGAUGGAAGCACCUUGUCUACUGCAGCUAUGCAGCCGCCGAAUUUGCUUUUCCCUCAACCUCGGCCGAAGAGGUGUGCGACACAUUUCUACAUUGCUCGGAAUAUACUGUAUCAUCAGCAAAUUGCGAGGAUGAAUCCAUUCUGGCCGGCUGCAGCAGGUUCUGCUUCUUUGUUUGGACCCAAGCAUGGUAGCCUCAGCAUUGUGCCCUCUGCAGAUUUGCAAGGAAAUGUUCCGAAAAGUGCUGCAAAUGCAAUGCAGGAUAAGGGCCAGAGUAUUGGAAUGUUUCCGGGUCAUGCCGGGAAGGAUAAUAGGGGUUCUCAAGCUGUUAACGUUGUGGAUGCUGCUCAGAGAAAGCAAAUUUUGCUUCAGCAAGCUCUACCACCAGGAGCACCUAGUAAUAUCUUGCAUGGGCCUGCUGCUUUCAUUCUGCCUUUGAGCCAGCAACAGGCAGCCGUAGCGACUUCUGCUCGACCUGUUUCUGUGAAGUCUCCUCCUAGUGGGAAUGCUAAUAGCAAUGCUGCUUCAAAUGCCCCAAAUCCUGCCUCUGUUAGUACCUCAGCAGCUGCAGCAAUUGCUGCACCAGCAAUGAGUUUCAACUAUUCGAAUAUGCCUGGCAACGAACCGCAGUAUUUGGCCAUUUUGCAGAACAAUGGAUAUACAUAUCCAAUCCCGGCCCACGUUGGGGCGCCACCAGCUUAUAGAGGAACCCACACUCAUUCAAUGCCGUUUUUCAAUGGGUCGUUUUAUUCUUCACAAAUGCUUCAUCCUUCACAGCUUCAGCAGCAGCAGCCACCACAUCAGUCUCAUCCUAAUCAUCAGGGACUUCAAAAUGCUAAUAAUACUGCCAAUGGUUCCUCAUCUUCUCAAAAGAAUCUAUCUAAUCAGCAGCAGAGGCCACCACAUGGUAGCAGUGUCAGUGGAAACUUUCAAGGCUUUCCUCCUUCCUCCAGAAAUCAGCCAUCUCAAUCACAGCAGCCACAGCAGCAGCAGAACCAUGCCUCUCACCAAACAAGGCAGCUUGAGUCUGAGAUUGGUGGUGAAGAUAGCCCGUCCACUGCUGAUAGUCGAGUAUCUCUUUCUAACCUGAGUGUCUAUGGUCCAAAUUUUCCAAUGCCGAUGCAUACUCCAAACUUUGCUUUGAUGACUCCUGCCACAAUGGCGGCUGCAGGUGGGGGGCCUAAUGACAAGAAACAGCAGCCACAACCACAGCCGUCAGGCUCGAAAGGUCUGGAACCAUCUCAAACUAUUGCUGUGUCGUUUGCUGCUCCCAAUGGGGCGCCUUCUGCUCCUGGGCUUGACCUUGCAUCCAUAUCUCCGAACCAUCCUAUUUUCCAAAGCCUUCCUGAGAUCACCAGGCAAGGGUACCAUCAGAUCAUGGCUGCUGCUGCUGCUGCUCAGGUUGCUCAGCAGAAGAAGAAUUACCGUGUGGCUGAAGAAGGAAAAACUGCACAUUCUUCUAUUGUGGAUGACGAGAGAAAAAACAUGUCGGUAAAGACUUCAACUGUUGGACAGUCCAUUGCCUUCUCUAGAAACGAUUUAGCUGAGACAUCACUCUCCACCAUACCAGCUGGGGCUGCUGUUGUUGAUAGCUCUGCACGAACUCUUAACCUUGGUUCUACUGCUAGAGCUUCGGGUUCUGUUAUGCCCUCCGCUAUGACCGCUGUGAAUAUGUGUGGUUCUCAGCAUCAACUGCAGCGAAAUCAGCAGCAACAGCAACAGAUAAUUCAGCUGCAGAAACAGCAGCAAUAUGCAGCAGCAGCAGCAGCGGCAAGAACCAAAUCAUCAGCAACAAGUAAUGGCAAUGUUUAUGCCGAGCAUUCUCCUGCGUCUUCAAUGGCAGCAAAGUUUCCCAAUGCCUUGUCAUCUUUUUCUCAAAAUCUUGUCCAAAGUAAUAGCAACAGUCCUGCUCAAUCUCCUCAGUGGAAAAAUUCUGUGAGAACCACAUCUUCUCAGGUUCCAACCCCCUCUCUGUCUUCAUCAAACACAUCAUCCAUAAAAAAUCUUCCCCAACAGCAGGGUCGCCCACAGCAGAACCACUCUCAGAUCUCUUUUGCAGCUAACUCAAAAUCCACAACUCAAUCACAAGGGCAGCAGCCUGCAAGCAGUAAUCAGUCUCCAUCUCAUGGAAUGAUUGGUUCACCAACACAUUCUUCAAUCUCAAAGGGUGCGGGUGGGAGCCCUCGGACCGCUACUUCCAGUUCCAUGGGUCAUAAGGUUGGUCAAUCAUCUUCUUUAUCAUCACAGCAAGCGAAGAAUCCUUCAUCUAUGCCAAGCCAGAAGUCAUCUCCCGUUGGAGGGAGGAAUGUUACUUCAAUCCUUGGCAAUAAUCAAAUGAGCACUUCGAGUUCUGGAGCUAAAUUGUCCCAACAGCCACAGCAGCAGCAGCAACAUUUGCCGAAGCAAACAUUGCAGCAAGCCCAGAUGCUGUUCCCUUCUUAUAUGCAGGCCCAAGUUCCCCAUUCAAGCAGCAGUGCAACUGCUUCACCUGCAAGUGGGUAUUAUCUUCAGAGGCGUCGUCCCGAGCAGCAAUCCCAAUCGCAGGGCUCGGGAGGAACGUCCUCCAAUGGAAUGUUGUCCCUUUGCCACCCUGUUACGCUUGGAGGUAGCAGCACUACUGAUCCUGCCAAGGCGGUUGCUGCUGCUGCUGCUGCAGCUAACAACAUGAAAGGCGGUGGCUUACCGACACAGGCGAUUCUCCAUCCUGCUCAGUUUGCUGCUGCACAGUCCUCUGGCAACCCUCAUCAACUUGUACCUGCAGGCUUCCCUUACGUGCAUACUGCUGCAGUGCAAGUGAAACCGACGGAGCAAAAACAACCCGCAGGUGGGUAGGAUUAUGGCCCUUGUCCUUAGCGGAACCCAUCCAGCUCUUAUUUCGAAUUGGGACUGUAGAUUUACAAACGGAAUUUCUUGCCCAGAAGCCAACAAUGGGCAUCAUAUCUUAUGGCAGCCUGAGAAGAAAUGGAAGUUAAAAAAAAAGCGAAAGCAGCGGCACAGUCUGAAUGCUGGUCGGACUAGAACCCACAAUUUUGGGAAGCUGAGAGAGAGGAAGUGGGAAAAUUGUCCUCCAUUUGAGAUGGCUUCAGAUGUGGGUUGUUCAGUUUGUCUGUCUGGGGGGUCAGGUCUGGAUGGGGGAGCGGAAAGGCAAAUAAACAAACACAAAGAAGAAUCUUUUGAGAUACAAGGGGCAAAAAACAGCACUUUGCAGUGGCAAAAACCAACGAGAAAUGAAUGGAAUGAAAGGAGAGGAAAAAAAGCAAGAUUUCGUUUCCUUUGGGGGGGUGGGUUGUAAUGGAGGUUUCUCUUUUCUUCUUCCUAAAUAUUUGAUUUGAUGACCUUUUUGAGGUUUUAUUUGUCUCUUAAGAGCCUUAGAAACAUCAGUUUCUCAACAUAUAUAUGUGCAGUGCAGUGCAGUGAAGAGAGGGUGUAGUUGUAUGUACAUGUUUGGCACGUAUAAUGGGAUAGCCCUCAAAAUUUUUUUGAUUUAAGAAAAGGAAAGAAAAGAAAAGACAACUCAAUCAAUUUUCUUUUCUGCAAA